AUGCCGGCAGUGCAUAAUGAGAUACACUCGGUAUUAACUGUACAGUGUAACAAUAUUGAGCAGUUAUCAACCCAUGUGAAUACGGUAUCUCAGGACACAGAAUUCAGACAGGAUAUUUUGCCGAGCACGGAGAAAUUAUUUGUAUUCGAAGGCAACCAGGACAUUGUAUCUAAAGGUUUUGAAGAUUUUGACGCUAAGGGUGACACGGACGGCAAUAGUAAUGAGUGUGAAUCUGAUAAAGAGGAUAUUUACGGCAUCCGGAACAUUGUAACCAAGGGCUUGGAAGAUUUUCCCUCUAAGGGUGGCUCGAACGGCAAUGCUAAGGAGUGUAAAUCUGAUACAGAGGAUAUUGAUGGCAUCCAGGACAUUGUAACCAAGCGCUUGGAGGAUUUUGACUCUAAGGGUAUCGCGGACGGCAAUAUUAAUGAGCAUAAAUCUGAUACAGAGGAUACUACUGACGGUGAAUACUAUAUGGGUGACGCGGAUGGCAAUGAUGAUGAGCGUGAAGCUGAUACAGAGGCUAUUGACGGCAUCAAGAACAUGGUAACCAAGGGCUUGGAAGAUCUUGACUCUAAUGGUGACGCGGACGGCAAUGCUGAUGAGUGUAAAUCUGAUACAGAGGAUAUUGACGGCACCCCUGGCAUUGUUUCUGAGAACAUGGUAGAUAGAUGCUUUAAGGGUGACGCCGACGGCAAUAUAGAUCAGCUUAAAUUUGAUACAGUGGAUAUUAACGGCACCGAGGACAUUGUAACCAAAGGUUUGGAAGAUUUUCCCUCUAAGGGUGACGCGGACGACAAUGGUAAUGAAGGUAAAUCUGAUACAGAGGAUAUUGACGGUGAAUACUAUAUGAAUUUAUUUCCAUCUGAAGGUUUCCAGGACAUUAUGUUCAACAACUUUGAAAAUUUUGACUCUAAGGGUGACGCGGACGGCAAUGGUGAUGAGCGUAAAUUUGAUACGGAGGAUAUUGACGGCAUCCAGAACAUUGAUACUAAAGGCUUGGAAGAUUUUGUAUUUAAGGGUGAUGUGGAUGGCAAUGGUGAUGAGCGUAAAUCUGAUACAGAGGAUAUUGACACCGCCCAUGCCAUUCCUUCCGAGCACAUGGUACAUAGUCGCUUGAAGGGUGACGCGGACGGCAAUAGUGAUGAGCGUAAAUCUGAUACAGAGGAUAUUGACGGCGCCCAUGCCAUUCCUUCCGAGCACAUGGUACGUAGUCGCUUGAAGGGAGAGGGAGACGGCGGUCCUAUUAAUAAAAUGGAUUUUGUAUGUAGAUUUUAUACAGCCGCCCAUGCCAUUCCUUCCGAGCACAUGGUACAUAGUCGCUUGAAGGGUGACGCGGACGGCAAUAGUGAUGAGCGUAAAUCUGAUACAGAGGAUAUUGACGGCGCCCAUGCCAUUCCUUCCGAGCACAUGGUACGUAGUCGCUUGAAG